AUGUCUGCACGAAAUGUACCAAGCCAAGAGGAGGAGCCACAGGACCCAGCCCCCCAGUUCCAUCUCAUAGUCAGCAGCGACAACUCCGGCUCGUCGGUGCGUGACCACUUGGCAAAUGAACGAGGUCUGCUAGCGUACAUCAGAACCGCGCUGAACUAUUUUACUGUCUCCAUAAGUGCCAUUCAGCUGUUUAAACGGUCAAUCAUCGAGCAGCUGAUCUGUCCGACGCCCGACUAUGGCCGACUUGCAAAAGACCAGAAUUUCUACGAGACGCUUGUGAGACCUUGGACCGUGAUUAUGUCUUGCUUCGGGCUCAUAUUCGUUGUCACAAACGUCGGAAGAGACCAUCUGUCCAAUGAGCGCACCAUGCUUGCAUAUUUGCGGACAUCGAUGAGCUUUCUGUCGCUCGGAGUCGGAGUGGUCCGCCUUGCCGAGUACGCAAUUAUCAACCCGUUAAAGCCUCUGAACCUUGAAAAGUACCCAGAAAUGCUGCGCCACGACUACUAUAUAGCCACAACUUAUGCAAAACCUCUGGGUGCUUUGAGCCUGGCGGCAGCUCUUUUGACGCUUGCCUUCGGCAUGGCUCGAUAUUGCACCAUGUUCAACCGGAUUGUCAGGUCAGAGCGAUUCCAAAACGGUGCCAUACCAGCUUUUGCCAUUUCUCUCUUUGUUCUACCGGUAAGUCUUAUCGGCCGUGGCUGUGCAGAUGUAAUGCAGAAUUUACUAACAUCUUAG